AUGUCAUCACGCUCCAAGCUCGAAAAGUCCAUGGCUUCCACCGAGGAGCUGAGGCCUUUCGAGUCCACCAGGAUGCAGACGCCUCAGCAGAUCGACCCGGCGACGCUGACCAACAUUCGCUCCAUGCAAGCAGAGCCCAUGACCGAGUCCAGAGCCAAUUUCCCGCCGAGAGACAUUGUCUUUAUGAGCAAACAGGCCUGGUCAGAGUUGUCACAGCACAUCGGUCGUCAGCCGUUUGCGCCGCUGUUGUUGGAAUACGCAACGUUCGAUUCCAUCUACUCGGUCACGGGCAUCAUGCCGCCCAUGUCACGCUUCGAGAAACUGUCAGCCGGCUUGCAGCAGGAUUCGCAGAGGGCCCCGGGUACCUGGAUCGGCCUUCCACGGCUGUUGGGCUACUUUGAGGAUCUGGAGCAUUCCCGGCUUGGACUGGUUUACCAUUUCCCGCCCAACUUUAACGCAGUCUCCUUUGAGAACUUCACCCAAAACCCGCUCUACAAUGUUUGCACCCUUGCCGAUCUUCUCUCGCGGCCGGACUUCGAGCCGACCUUGGAAGCCAAGUUCCGUUUGGCCUCGAACCUCGUCAAUACCGUGUUCGACUUGCACGCUCGUGGUAUCACCCACGGCUGCAUCAUCGACAAGAAUGUGUCCUUUUGUAACAUGGCCACCCCGGACCUCACGACGGGCCCCGGCGAGGUGGACAUCCGCCGGCCCCUGAUCUCAUCUUUUGAUCUGUUCCCAGACGCGCCAUCAGAUGAGGAGCCGGUUUCGCCAUCGCUUCCUCUGUUCCGUCAUCCCUUGGACCCUCGCACGACGCCGGCAUCUCCGAUCAACGACAAGAUGGACUCUCGAAUUCUUGACCUGUACUCCCUGGCCAUGGUUCUGCUGUCUAUUGGACUAUGGACCAAGCUUGAGAACCUUGUACCCGACCCGUCUCAGCCUAUUUCCGAGUCGAUCCUUAAUCAACUUGGAAUUCGCUGCUCCUCCAUGUACAAGAGGGCUGUCGAAACUUGCUGGAACGCCGUUGAUACGCAGCUCCAAGGAGUUGCCACCGACGAGGAGCUUCUUUCCGCUGUACAAGUGACUGUGACGCGCUGCCUCGAUUCAUGCGCGAUCCUCGACAAUAUGAAUUCUCUCGAAGAUCGCCUUAACCUUGACCUUGGCAGGAAGACAUCUUCUCCUGUUGGGACCCCUACCAGACAGAGCACAUCUGGACCUUCAAAGGACACACAGGCCUCUCGCCCGUCUGUCGACACACAUCGCUCCUCAUUCGACACCAAAGCCCCCGUCUCGCAACCCAGCCCCGCCCGCCGCUCGUAUCCUUCAGCCGCGGAGGAGAAGCGGCAGCUUGCUAGAAAAGAAGCUGGAGCCGCCCCGGCAGAGCUGCCUGCUGAGACAAAGUCUGCCAAGCCGCCUUCGUCCAAGACCCGGCUUUAUCCUCAAAUCCCGCUGCCUCCGGAUGCCGUGGAGAGGUGGAACACGUUUGUGAUGCCCCAAGUCAACCAGGCCUUGCGCCAUUUCUAUCGAAAGCACCGCGAAGAAUCAGUUGAAGUAUCCCUUGAGUCCAUCGGCAGCUCCCCGACAAGAACACAGCCGACCGUUCUGGUUGUGUGUACCUCUGUCGGCAAGGUCAAGGCCAUUCUGACACGCAAGUUGGGCGAGCUGUUUGACGGCAAGUCUGGGUUUGGCUUGAAGGUGUGCAAGGGACAGGUCAUGAGGUCGCGGAAACAGCCAGGCGAUGUCAAACGAAGCGCAGCACACGACGAAGAUGAAGAGGGCGCUGUCAAAGCUGCUAACCCCGACUUCCAAGCGCGCCCCAGUAACGGCGCCAGUAUUGGAGCUUGGGUGGGGGACCGCCACCUGCCGCCCGUUAGCUUGGGCGGCCUUGUUAUGGUGGAUGAUAAGCCGUACGGAAUGACGGUUCAUCACAUGUUGGAUGACCCCGAAGAAAUCUACAAGCACACCAAGGCACAGGAUCCGGCGAUGCGGAGCAUGGCGAGGGACACGGAUGAUGUGCGGUUCGACUGGUACGCAGAGUCGUCGGCGGAAAGCAGCAGCGGAGAUGACUAUGCUUGCGAGUUUUCCGAAUCCGAGUCGGAAGCGUAUUCGGAGACGGACGUCACCAGCGAGGCCUCCGACGAGAGCGACGAUGAGUCGGAAGGCGAGUACGACCAGCCUGGCGACAUUCCUGGGGUUGAACCGGGUUGCGGGGAUGGUUAUAUUAUUACGCAGCCCGCCAUGGACGACGUUGACGAAGAGUUUUAUCCUUCGGAGGAGACAGCAAAUGAGGACCACCUGGAUAGUUUCACCGUCGGAGAGGUUUACGCAUCGAGCGGGAUCAAGCGCAGGGAGCAGAACGGCCUGAUCCACGAAAUCGACUGGGCCUUGUUUGAGUUCACGCCCGAGAGGUUGCCCGAGGAUAACACCAUCCCUCGGAUACAGAGCAAGCAGCUGUCACCGUCGUACGGAAAGUUUCCAUCGAAGCACGGCAAGGUCAUGCACCCCAUGACCGUGGCGCCGACAUCCGCGCUGCCGGGCUUGGAGGUGCAGUGCAUGGCUCGCACGAGCGGCUUGCAGACGGGGCUCAUCCUCCCCGCCCUCACGAGCGUCAAAAUCUUUGGACGGGUGACGCCCAGUCACACGUACCAAGUCAGCAGUGCCGCCACCGAGACGCCUACCGAGCUGGCCGGUGACGGCAAGAAGCUGCCCAUGGGCAUACCCGGAGACAGCGGUGCUUGGGUCAUUGAGCGUGCCCACGGCCGUGUUUGCGGACAUGUUUUGGCGUGGAGUGGGCGGAAGCGCGUUGCCUACAUCUGUCCGAUGGACGUGAUGCUUCUCGACAUCGCGGAGGCGCUCGAGGCCCGGGAAGUCGGGUUGCCGGGUGGCGAGCCGGUGGUCAGCCUCCGGGAUCGACACGAAGAGGAGGAAGAUGAGGGCACCUACAGGGACGACGAGCCUUCCUCGUCGCCCUUCUUGGACCCCAGGGAUGACGAUGAUCUGGAUGAGGUGUCGGAGGAGGGGGAUGACGACGACGACCUGCCGGUACUCGUCAGGUCACGCGCGCCCCCACGAGGGCGGAGCGAGGGCAAGCAAGAACAAGAAAAGGGAGAAGAAGAGCAGCAGCAUCAGAAGAAAGAAGGCGGCUCGGAGGAGCGGGAAAAGUUUGCUUCGGGCGACAACCAUGAUUUAUCGCGCAGAAUGGAGUCUAUGGGCAUCGGCAGGAGUCGUAUGGGCAUUGGCAUGUGCAGCUGA